AUGGCUGCAGCCAAGAUCAACUCAUUGCUCAUCUUAAUUGCAUUGGCUAUGGCUCCAACUCUUCACCAAGCCAAUGCUGCCGAUAUCACUGCAGGACUAUGCGGACAGACGACUCCCAAAGCGGUCUGCGUGUUGCUAGUUGAGGCCGAUCCACGAGCCAACCUCAAAACCAGCCCCAAUGGCAUAGCUACUAUACUAAGAGACAAAGCCUCAGCCACUGCUUCAGCAACUUCUGCUAAGAUCUCUAGCCUUUUGAGGGGAGCUACCAACAGACGUGAAAUCGCGGCUCUUAAGUCAUGUUCUGCUGGCUAUAAUAGGGCCAUUUCCAGCUUGAGGUCUGCAGAUUUUAAGGUCAUAGACCGUCGGACGUAUGCAACGUUGGUGGCGGCCAUCAGCAACGCUAACGAUGAGCCCCGCGAUUGCGAGCUUUCGUUCCAAGAACCGCCGGCUGUUCGCUCUCCUAUAUCGGCAGAGAAUGAGAGGUUGAGGGAGAUUUGUGCAACCACUUUGGAGAUUAUUAACCUUCGAGUUUGUAGGACUCCUUUUGUUGAUCUAUUUUGA